CUCCAUCACAUGCCCGUCGGCCCCCAGCCCCGCGCUCGGAACCCGCCGCUCUCGCGACUCAGCCGGCCUCGUGGACCUUUUCUCUCCCGGACCUGUUUCCGGGCGGUCCGCGCGGUUGGAACGUGUUAGGGCCGAGGUUCCCAGGACUUGGAAGAGGACGGGCGUGAGCAACCAUGGCCGAGCAGUGCUUCCCGGUACCCCGGCUCGAGGGCGUUUCGCAGGAGCAGUUCAUGGAGCACCUGUAUACGCAGAGAAAACCUCUAGUGUUGGAAGGAAUUGAUUUGGGGACAUGUACAAGCAAAUGGACAGUGGAUUACCUAAGCCAAAUUGGAGGGAGGAAAGAGGUGAAGAUUCAUGUUGCUGCAGUUGCCCAGAUGGACUUCAUUAGUAAGAACUUUGUGUAUAGAACUUUACCUUUUGGCAAGUUGGUUCAGAGGGCAGCUGAAGAAAAGCAUAAGGAAUUCUUUAUUUCAGAGGAUGAGAAGUACUACCUACGAUCACUUGGAGAAGACCCUAGAAAGGAUGUUGCAGAUAUCAGAAAGCAGUUUCCUUUAUUGGAAGGAGAUAUUAAGUUUCCAAAAUUCUUCAAAGAAGAGCAGUUCUUUUCCAGUGUUUUUCGAAUUAGCUCACCAGGGUUACAACUUUGGACCCACUAUGAUGUAAUGGAUAACUUAUUAAUACAAGUGACAGGAAAAAAGCGUGUUGUACUAUUCAGUCCUCGAGAUGCCCAAUAUUUAUAUUUAUCAGGUACUAAAUCAGAAGUACUGAAUGUAGAUAACCCAGACUUAGCUAAAUAUCCACUGUUUUCCAAGGCUAGACGGUAUGAAUGUUCCCUUAAAGCUGGAGAUGUAUUAUUCAUUCCUGCUUUAUGGUUCCAUAAUGUAAUAUCUGAAGAGUUUGGAGUGGGAGUGAACGUCUUUUGGAAGCAUCUUCCAUCUGAAUGCUAUGAUAAAACGGAUACCUAUGGAAACAAAGAUCCUACAGCAGCAUCAAGAGCUGCACAAAUUUUGGACAGAGCCUUAAAAACCCUGGCUGAAUUACCAGAGGAAUACAGGGACUUCUAUGCACGGCGAAUGGUCUUGCACAUUCAAGACAAAGCCUAUAGCAAAAACUUUGAAUAAAUAUUGAAGUGAAUGCAGUGAGCAUAAACUUUUAAAUACAGUUCAACUCAAAUACUGGAGAAGUAUAACAAGAUGUAAAUUAUUUUUUUAAAGAUUUAUCCUUUGUUAAAAUAGGAAAGAUAAAUCAAUCUCAGAUUUACAGAUUAAAGAAGUAUGAAGGCA